AUGGCCGACAACUACGCUGAUGGGCAGUCUAAUGCCUCUGCUGGCUUGUCAAAGGCAGUCCGCAGAAAAUUGCUUGCCUUCGUCGGUUUUGCCAACCUUCCCAAUCAAGUGCACAGAAAGUCGGUCAGAAAGGGAUUCCAGUUUACCAUCAUGGUCGUCGGCGAAUCCGGACUCGGAAAGUCGACGCUCAUUAACACUCUCUUCAACACCACUCUCUAUGCACCGAAAGAGGUCCUCGCCCCAAGCGCCGAGCGUCCAAAGACGGUCGCCAUCCAAAGCAUCAGCGCAGAUAUCGAGGAGAAUGGCGUCCGACUCCGCCUCACCGUCGUUGAUACUCCCGGCUUUGGUGACUUCGUCAACAAUCACGAAAGCUGGAAGCCUAUUCUCGACAACAUCGAGUCGCGCUUCGACUCGUAUCUCGAGCAAGAGAACAGAGUCAACCGCCAAAAAAUUGUUGACAACCGUGUGCAUGCAUGCCUCUACUUCAUCCAGCCUACCGGCCACUCGUUGAAACCGAUCGACGUCGAAUUCAUGCGCCAGCUUCACACCAAGGUUAACCUCAUCCCCGUCAUUGCCAAAGCCGAUACCCUCACCGAUGAGGAGAUUCUCAAGUUCAAGCAGCGAAUCCUGAGCGACAUUGCUCACCACCAAAUCCACAUCUUCCAGGCUCCCAUCUACGAUAAUGACGAUGAGGAGACCAUUGCGGAGAAUGAGGAGAUUGCCUCGAAGAUUCCAUUCGCCGUCGUCGGCUCUGACAGGGAGGUCCGAACCGCAGAUGGCCGCUCAGUCCGUGGACGAUCAUACCCGUGGGGUGUCAUCGAGGUUGACAAUGAGGAGCAUUGCGACUUUGUCAAGCUCCGCCAAAUGCUUAUCCGCACCAACAUGGAGGAGCUCAGGGAGCACACCAACGAUGUCCUCUACGAGAACUGGCGAUCCGAGAAGCUCAUCAACAUGGGUGUCGUACAGGACCCAUCCGUCUUCAAGGAGAUCAACCCUGCUGCCAAACUCGCCGAAGAGCGCGCAAUUCACGAGGCCAAACUCGCCAAGAUGGAGGCAGAGAUGAAGAUGGUCUUCCAGCAAAAGGUUGCCGAAAAGGAAGCCAAGCUCAAGCAAAGCGAAGAAGAGCUCUACGCUCGUCACAGAGAAAUGAAGGAUGCGCUCGAAAAGCAACGCGCAGAGCUUGAGGACAAGAAGAGGAGGAUCGAGAGCGGCCGACCAUUGACGCCCGACAAGAAGAAGCCUUCGCGCUUCCUCCCUGGCCGAUAA